AUGGAUUGGACGCCGGAGAAGCAAAAUGAAUUGGAAAAUUAUAUUGAAUCAUACUUGCGCCAAUUGAACGAUAUUUCCAAAUUCUAUACCGAUAUCAACUGGGACAAAGUGACCAAACUAGUCAAUGUAAACGACAUUGAACUUUUGACACCCAAAGUUGAUGAAGCAUUUGACCACUUGGUAAUGGAUGAUAACUUACACCUUUCAAAGUUUGCUUCACGAUGGGGUAACAAAGAGUCGCCAUUGUUUACGGAUGUAUCACAAAUGAUCAAAUCCAUGGGGCUAAUGCCUUUCAAAGAGGUCGUACAAGAAGUUCCCGUUGGUGCCGAUAACCAGCAGCCUAUUUCAGAAGUGGAGGUUCGACCGAAGGCUAAUGAUAUGCCAAAAUUGACCAAAACCCAGAGACGAUUAUCGCUAGACUUGAUGAAAGUUAGACCAAAUUUAACUGCUACAGAGAAAAAGGGGCAAUUGGUAACUUCUGCUGCUACAAGUAUAACUAAUCUUAAUGUAACAACUAGAUCUAAACCUGUACUAGACCAUACAGUAAGACACGGCCCCACGCCUGCUUCGAGGCCAGAAUUACGAAACAGGCGCACGUCACUUGUGGACGAGCAACUACCAAAGUAUAUCCGUGAACAAUUAUGUCAAGGCCAAUCUCUUCAAAGAAUUACGCCAAGGUCUCCAAUUCAAAGGCCGCUUUUGAACAACUUGCCUGCCAUUUCAGACACAAGGGAGAUUUCGCGAAAGCCGUCUAGGUUGCAGAAUCUAGUGACCAAUUCCCAAUCGUUAUAUGCACAUUCGAGUGAUGUGAAUUCAACUACUAACACUUCUGAAGUAGAGCACCAAUUACGAUACGAUACAGAUGAUGAUGACAGAGAGUAUAUUCUGCCUGGUCUGUUGGCGAAAUAUUACGGUUUACAAUUUGAGGAAGGGAGUGAUGUUGAAUAUGAGGAAGAAGACGAAGAAGAAGAAUACGAGGAGGAAGCAGAUUUUGUCAAUGUUGGAGAAGGUGGUUCAAAUGAUGAUGAAAAUGAUUAUCUAUUUAAAGUCUAA